CUUUUGCUGUUUCCAUGACUCGCCGGCCCCUCCUCUGGCUCCAAGCAUUUGAAGCUGAGCUCUUUGGCCAAACAGUCCUUGAUGAAAUGUCAAUACWCUACUGGGACACUGGCUUGCAGGGUUCAUCAUGAUUUCCAGGCAGUGUGUGCCUUUGUUUCUCUGCUUUCUGCUGCUGAUCCCUCUUUCUCUGGAUGCAGUCUUUCUAAAGAAGGAAGAGGCGAGCAGCAUUYUGCAAAGGCAAAGACGAGCCAACAGCUUCUUUGAAGAGAUAAAACUGGGGUCACUAGAGCGAGAAUGCAAAGAAGAAACAUGUUCCUAUGAAGAAGCAAGAGAGAUUUACCAUGAUGUUGAAAGGACAGAUGAGUUCUGGCUCACCUAUUCUGACCCUAACCAGUGUGCCUCCAACCCCUGUCAGAAUGGUGGGAUUUGUGACGACCAGUUUCAGGAUUAUGUUUGCCGCUGUCCUGUCGAAUACGAGGGCAAAAACUGUGAGAAAGCUGUGGCUGACAGACUGAAGUGCAUUUUUGACAACGGUGGCUGUGAACAGUACUGUACUGACAAGCUGUCCAAAAUACGCGUGUGCUUCUGUGACGAUGAUUACACUUUAGCGAGUGAUGGCGUGUCCUGCAUCCCUCAAGUGAAAUACCCAUGUGGAAAAAUACCAGUGCUGGCAAAAAGAAAUUCAACUGCACGAGGGAGAAUAGUAGGUGGUUUAAUCUGUCCUCCAGGUGAAUGUCCAUGGCAAGCCCUUAUAAUACAGGAUCAGAAAGAAAAGUGUGGUGGUACCCUGCUUUCUCCAGAGUGGGUGGUCACUGCAGCUCACUGUUUGGAAUAUACUCAUCCCAAACAGCUUCGGGUGAGACUGGGUGAACACAAAAUAAAUGUCGAUGAGAAAACUGAGCAAGAUAGUGGAGUCGCCAGGAUGAUCAUUCACGAAGGAUACAUAAAUGGACAGGUCAAUAAUGAUAUUGCCCUCUUGAAACUGGAAACACCGGUGAAUCUCACCGACUAUGUGGUGCCAAUCUGUUUGCCUGAGAAAAGGUUUGCUGUCCRUGAAUUGUCCACCAUCAAGUUCUCCACAGUAAGUGGAUGGGGACGCCUCAUAGACGGAGGUGCCACCUCUUCUGUUCUGAUGAGAGUUGAUUUGCCACGUGUAAAGUCACGAGAAUGUGAAAAGGAGACCAAUUUUAAUAUUACAGAGAAUAUGUUCUGUGCAGGGGACCUGUCUGGGCUUAAGGACUCCUGCAAGGGAGACAGUGGUGGUCCUCAUGCUACACAGUACAACAACACUUGGUUUCUGACUGGGAUUGUCAGCUGGGGAAAGGGCUGUGCUGUUGAAGGCAGUUACGGGGUUUACACAAGGGUAUCCAAAUACAUCGACUGGUUGAAGGAGCACAUGGACUAAUGAUGUUGAACCAGAGYAUUUCCAGGUUAUGUGAUUGCCCCCCAAUCCCUCUGCACCAUUUUCCUAUUGAAGGAUUCCUUCAUUAUCUUAGACAUGUGAUACAUGUCCAUACCCAYGACACUAUUAAUUAUUUGAAGUGAGCUUAAGGUCUACUUGAAUACAUAAAGUAACUUCCCUCUCA